AUGAAGAGGCGAAAAUGGGACGUGGCGGCGCCUGAAGCACCGCCGCCAGCUGCUCAGGCGGCGCCAGCCAUGCUGAUGGGCACCAGGGUGGCGGGGCUCGCGCCGCGCGCCUAUGGCGCCGUGGCCGCCGCGCCCAUCGGUCCUCCUGGAGCCCAGCCUGCGCAGCCUGCCCACCCCAGGGCAGGGGUUGGCGGCGCGAUGGACCCGGAGAUGCUGAAAAAGAUUCAGGCCAGCGCGGCGGCGGUGGCGGCGCGCCUCAACCAGGAUGCCGCUGCUUCGGGGGUGAUGCCGCAGCCUGCAGCGGCGCCGCCGUCCUUUGCGCUGCCGCAGCAGGACGCGGCGGCCAUCGCGGCGGCGCAGGCCGCGCUACUGCAGCAGCAGCAGCAGGCGGCCGCCGCCGCCGCCACGCAGGCCGCGCUGCAGCAGCAGCUGCGGGAGCAGCUGGCGGCGCAGGCGGCCGCCGCGCAGGCUGUGGCCAGCAUCAAAGCGGAGGUGACCUUCAACCAUGCGGCGCCCCGCACCCGCCACCACCUCACCCGGCGCAGCACCCAGCAGGAGCUGGAGGCCAAGUGGCGGGUGGUGGUGGUGGUCAGGGGGCGCUACCACGCACCCGGCCAGCACCCCUCCAGCGACCGAGAAGACGACCGUCCCCUCUUCCUGCGCGUCACCCCCAGCAACAACCUGCCCAUGGACCCCAAGUGGCGGCAGCACGCCUGCGACAUGGCUGCCGCUGACAUCGCAGCCAUGAUUGCCAACCGGCCGCGCCCCAUGCCGCAGCCUGCGGGCCCCGGCGGCGCGCCGCCGCCCGUGCCCGCUGCCACGCCCGCGCCCGCCGCCGCGCAGCCCGCCGCCGCGGCUCCCGCGCCGCCUGCGCCGCCUGCGGGCGCCUACCCCCAGUCCGGCCCCGGCUGGCUGUGCCUGUACCCGCGCUGCGAGGGGGCGGCGCCCGAGUUUGACGCCGCAGGCAGGCUGCGCGGCCCCAACGGCAGCUACCUGCAGCACAUCCAGAGCGCCACGGGGGUGGCGGCCAGCGUGGCGGGGCGCGGGUCGGGCGUGCAGCCGGAGGGCCCCUUCCCGCUGCACCUGCACCUGGCCAGCCAGGAUGCCGCCAAGCUGGAGGAGGGGCGCAGGCUGGCUGCCAACCUGAUUGACACUGUGAGGGAGGAUUUCAAGGCGGCCUACCCCUCGGCGCCUGCCCCUCCCCCGCCUGGGCAGUACAGCCCGCCGCCACCGCCGGCCCCAGCCCCAGCCGCAGCCGGGACGCCCUGGCAGGCAGCCGCGGCGGCGCCUGUGCAGCCUGCGCAGCCUGCGGCAGGCGCCCAGCCUGGCGCGUACUACCCGCCAGCAGGGCAGGCAAGCCCGCUGCAGCAGCAGCAGGGGCAGACGUAUGGCGGGCCGACGCCGCACGCCAUGCCGCCGCAGUAUGCUGGGCAGCAGGCGCCGGCAGCGCAGCCGCCGGCGCCUGCACAGGCGUCGUCAUGUGCUCAGGCGGGGGCCUACCCUCCCCCUCCGCAGCAGCAGCAGCAGCAGCCGGCGUCUGCCUAUGCUGGGGCCUACCCGCCGCCCCUGCAGCAGCAGCAGCCGGCGUCUGCCUAUGCUGGGGCUUACCCGCCGCCCCCGCAGCAGCAGCAGCAGCAGCAGCAGCCGGGCGUUUCUGCCUCUUACCCUGCCCAGCAGCAGCAGCAGCCGAGCGCGCCUGGCGGGUACCCUCCACCACCUCAGCAGCAGUACGGUCAUCCUGCGGCUCUGCCGCCGCCUGGUGCCUACCCGCCGCCGCCUGGCGCUUACCCGCCUGAGCCGCCACCCCGGCAGCAGCAGCAGCAGCCGGCCGGGCAGCCAGCCUACUACCCACCCGCUCACCCAGGCGGCUAUGCCGGCGGCGGCGGCGCUGCGACGCUCGAGCCGCAGCAGCAGCAGCCACCCGCACAGCCAGGGUACUCUGCCCGGGGGCCGUAUGCUGGCUACGGGCGGGGUGGCGGCCCCCCUGGAGGCCCCCCAACCGGCCAGCAGCACCACCACCAGCCCCAGCAGCAGGCGCCCCCGCAGCAGCAGCAGCAGCAUGCGGAGCCCGAGCAGCCGCAGCCGCCAGCCAAGCGGCGGUUUACAGAGGCCAAGGCCGACCAGGGCUCCAACCAGCAGGGCCACUCCAAUCCUUACGAUCAAUACCAGGCGGCUCGCUCCGCUGAGCCCCAGCAACAGCAGCAGCAGCAGCAGCAGCAGCAGCAGCAGCAGCAGCAGCAGCAGCAGCAGCGCCAGGAGCAGCAUGGGCCGAGCCACUACCAGCAGCAGUACGGCCAGCAGGCGGCGGCCUCGCCGCAGCUGCCGCGCGGCGCCGCCAUCUCGCCGCCGCAGCAGGCCUGGCCGGCAGGGGCCAUGGGGCCUCCGCCGCCCCGCAUGGCAAUGGGGCCUCCACCCCCUCGCCCGCCCCAGCAGCAACAAGAAGCUGGAUGGGGAGCUGAGGGAGUCGACUGUUGCGACAGAAGCAACGUUCGGGUGACGAGCGCAGUCAGCGUGAUGAGAUGCCGGCAGCGGCCAGCGCUGGCGCUUCUGUCGCGUGGGCAGCCCUGUCGCACCUUCAACGAGCACACUGCCAUGCACCGUAAACUUUGUGUCACUGUAUUGGCAGGCAUGAAUCAAUACCUUGGCCAAGGCGCGCAACCGGCGGCGGCCACCCUGACGCCGCUGUCGCAUCCGCCGCUACAACAGCAUCGCUACUGGCGGUGGCAUUCUCAGGUAGAAUUGGCUCGGUUGGGAGCUCAGGGUGUAGCGGGCAUGGAGAGCAUACGGGUGGCGCCCGCUGCAGCUGUGCUGGCGACAAGCUUCGACCGGUACUUUGCCGCCAAGCAGGUCACCAGCGACGUGUUUGGCACCACCCUGGGCAUGCUGGUCUACCUCAGCCUCAUCCCCUCACUGGCCGCCCUGCACCGCCCAGACCUGGCGGCCGCCGCCGUGGCCUGCGCCGUCCUCUGCCAGUGGCCGCUGGCGCUCAGCAGGCUGGCGCCCCGCUCCCGCCGGUUCUACAUCCAGCACCGCGACUACCUGCUGGUCCUGCACUCCAUCUUCCACUACGGCAUGGGCGGCCAGUUUGCCAGCCACGUGCGGCUGAGCAGCCGGCUGGGGCGCACCUCCACCGCCGGCUUCCUGGCCAGCUUCCUGCUGUCCUCCACCGUGCCGUGGCAGGGCGUGGAUUCCCUGAUGUACCGCAUGCGGUACCAUCGCUUUGUCCUGGUCAAGCCCCUCAUCCUCCUGUCCGUCCUCCCGCUGGAGUGGCGGCUGUGCCAGCUGACGUGCGCCGCUAGGCCAGACCAAGCACACACCUUUGGCAUGGCGGCAGAUGCAGUCGGCAUGCUGCUGGCGCCGUUCCGGCCGCUGGGCUCAGUGUCCGGCCUAGAGAGCUCCAGCCUGAGCUGCUUCAAGGUGCAAGCCUUCCUGCUGCUGAUGCUGAGCUGGGCGGUGCCGUCCCUGGUGCUGCGCCGCCUGGAGCGACAUACGUUUGCCAAGUUUGUCGCCCAGCAGGCGCAGCUGCAGCCUCCUUCGCCCGAGGGGCAGGCUGUUGGUGCGGGACUGGCGGCAGCCACCCCAGCGGCGGCGCACGAACCGGCGCUGUGCAGCGCGGAGCAGCCCAGUUUUCCAGCCGCAGCCGCUGCGCGGGCAGCCGCCGCAGCUGCCGCAGCAGCGGGGGCAGCGAAGCGGCAGCCAGAGGCGCUUUCUCGCCCGCCAGCAGUGCUGUUCGCCGCCGUGCUGCUUCCCGCAACUGUGCUGCUGCCAGCCAUGACGCUCUGCGUCUCUGGCGCUGGCGCGGCUGUGUCUGUGGCAGCCGCCACGGCAGCUGUGGGGCUGGCGAUUGUGGCAGCAGCUCCAUUUUCCUGCGGCCCGCUGCAGCAUCUGCAGCUGCUGUGCAGCAGCAGCACCUCCGGCCAGGUUGGGCGGCUGAGGCACCUGUGGGGUAGCUGGCUGCAGCAGGAGGUGGGGCCGGAGUGCUGGGAGGACGAUGCAGAGGGAGGAGGCAGCGGCAUCCUGGGCCUCAUGGGUUGGCCCGCCUGGGCCCUCCCGGUCAUGCUGGCAGCGCUGUGCUGGCACACCAUCGACGCUCUGCUCUGGGAGCGGGCUGCUGCAGCCGCCUAG